AUCCGGUUAAACCGGUUCGCUAAAGACAGUGUUGCAUAACGGCCAAACUACCCUGUGGGAAUUUCAAAAGACGCAUCGCGUCCUUUUUCGUUGUUUAUAAUUGAUCCUGGCUGUAUUUUGUUAUCGUGAAGAAUUAAACAAAUCCUUAAACAUAAUAACGUGAAAUAUAAGACGAUCAAGACAUGCUGGAAACCAAGAGCAUAGCUGCUUUGGCAUUUACGGAAACGCCGCGCAAGCGUAAACGGGAAACAGGACAUCAUCAUCAUGUGGCUCCCCCGCCACUUGCCCCGCCCCCGCUGACGGCGCAGCUGCAGGACCAACCCCCGGAACGGCAAAGGGACGCCCAGGUGCGACAGGAUGCAGCUGUCGCUGCCACGGAGUCCUGCUUCACCAAUGCCGCCUUCAGUUCGACGCCGAAAAAGUUGAUUGGACGCCGCCGCCUUGCCAAGGAGAAUGCCCAACCGAAUCCUUUUCCCGGCCUGGAGGUUAAGUCCAUUGCUGCUCUGGCCGAGAAGCAGCAUCAGCCGGUGUCCACGAAUCCGUUCGAGGUACUGCGUCAGCCCUCCAAGAAAAAGAAGCGGGAACAUGCCUGUUUUGAGAAUCCUGGCCUGAAUUUGGAAUUGCCGGAGAAGCAGUUUAAUCCCUAUGAGGUCAUCCGUUCGACGGCCACUCCUUCGAAGGGCUUCGUUAAUCCCGGCCUGAAUCUGCGCGGCAAUGAUGUCCCAGCCUCGCUCAAUCCCUUCGAGAUUCAUCGACCCAGUGAGGUUUCCACGGCGGCCUGCAAUCCCACUGGUGUGGCCAAUCCCGCCCUGACGGAAACCGAAGCCGAGGACCAUCAGCUGCCCACCAGCUUGAAGAUUGGGUUGCCCUUCACCCCCACCCUGGGCUGUCGCAUCGAUUUUCAUGGCAUGUCGCUCUCCCAGCUGACUCCCAGCAAGCUGCUGGCCGAGAAGUUGGUCUUCUCGCCGGUUCCGGCUCCCAAGAGAUCCCUGGGCGCCAUCAGCGAGGAGUCCACCAUGGAUAUUGGCAAGGAACUGGAUCGCUAUCAGCUGGAGUUGGAGAACAGCAUCAAUGAGGCGAAGUUGCGCAAGAACGGCAUCUUGACGGACGUCCAGGACAAGCCCAGGAUCAGUUUGGAGGUGGAGGUGUCGAAGGACACGCAGUCCCAAGGGCUGGUACCUGCUCCAAAGGUGGUGGUGGUGGAGACCGAUUCCCAGGAGGUGGUCAUGCAGGAGGUGCGAAAUGGAGAGGCUUCGGUGGAGCGACGGCUGAUCUGCACCAGAAGGCGCACUCUGACGGAGAUUAGCGAGGAGCAGCAGGUGGAGGAGAUGGAAGAGAAGGAGCAGAAACAGGAGCAGGAGGAGGAGCUAGAGGAGCAGAAUCAGGAAGAGCUGAAGAAGCAGGAAAAGGAGAAGCAGAAGCAGCAGGAACUGGAGGACCAGGAGAAGCAGAAACGCUUGCAGGAGCAGCUGAAGGAGAAGCUCAAGGAGCGCGAGAGGGAGAAGGAGCUGCUGGCUAAGGAAAAGGAAAAGGAAAAGGAGGACGUGGUCUAUGCCUCCGAGGAGUCGGAGGACGAGGAACUGGAUGAUCUGGACUUCAAGGCGCCCGCACGCUUCGUUCGCGCCUAUCGUCCCGCUGCCCAGCCCACCAAGGCGCCCAGCAAGGAGUCCCUCCAGUCCAUUGGCUCCUCCAAGUCCACAAAAUCCGGAGAAACCAAAUCCCACGGUGGUGGUGGCGUUAAGAACAUGAUCCGCAAGUCCAUACGCCGUCUCAUGCAUCCCAUCCAGCAUACCUCGCCGGAGAAGGCACAACCGGAGGAGCAACAUGGUCAUUAUGGUCAUCAUCACAAUAUCAUCAAUACCAUACGACAUAGCCUGCGUCGAAGACCCCAGAAGAUGACCCCCCUAGAGGACGAGGACGAGGAGGAGGAGGAGCAGGAGCAGAUCCCCUCCCUGCCGGACAUCUCCAUCAUAGACAGCAGUGAGCGGACGAUGAAACUGCGCUCCAGUGUGGCCCAGACCGAGUACAUGACCAUCGAGCAGCUGACCAACGAGAAGAAGCACACGCUGAGGAACAGUAUCCGGCGCUCCACGCGGGACGUACUGCGUCAUGUCCUGUUCCACAAGAGUCAUGAUGCCUAUGCCACCGCCAAGUGAUCAUCCCACUCAUCCUUUUUUUAUACAAAUAUCCUUGAAGCACCUCUAGUUAAGUUUACAACAAAAAAAAAGCACCCAAAGAUUGUCUCACAAAAAAACAAAAACAAAAACAAAUCAUCACAAAACAAUACAUUUUUUUUAAGGAAUAUUUUUUAACUUCAUCUGUUAAUCUUUAAUUUUUUUACGGAUGGAGUUGUGUUUCUUGAAUUAAUAUUUUUUUAGAAAUAAUAUUUUUUUUUUUUAUCCAGCAAGGAUAGAUCCUUGAGAGCCACCUGGUUUCCGGUUAAUUAUGUACUUGAUGUUUGCACUUUUAUUAAUUAAUUAAUUAAUUAAUUAUUAUGUUUAAUGUUUAAUCAAUGUCUUUAUAUGUAUUUUGAAAUAUAUUUUUCACAUUUUUUGAAAUAUAUUUAACAUUUGUUUCUUAAAUA